GUUUGCUUGCUGUCAGCUGACUCAAUGUCAAUGUCAGUAAUUUGUCAAAUAUUUAUUUUGUUGUUUACCUACCUCACCAGGGUUUUUUUGUAAAUCGCUGAAACUCUGUGCUAAUAUCUAAAACAUAUUCAAAAAUGUCUGGAAAAGUUGCAAUCGUGACCGGCUCCAAUAAGGGAAUUGGUUUUGCGAUCGUCCGUGGACUCUGCAAAAAGUUUGACGGUAUAGUUUACCUAACCUCUCGUGAUGUUGAACGCGGCAAGAAAGCUGUAGCUGACCUUGAAAAAGAAGGGCUACACCCGAGCUACCACCAGCUAGACAUUACUGAAGAUAAGAGCAUUGAGACUUUCCGAGAUUUCAUAAAACAAAAACAUGGUGGCAUAGAUAUUCUGGUUAACAACGCAGCUAUAGCCUUCAAGCAUAACGCCACAGAGCCGGCUGCAGUCCAAGCUGAACAAACGUUAGCAGUGAAUUACUUUGCAGUUCUGAACACUUGCGAAAAACUUUUCCCGCUCGUCAAAAAUGGCGGGAGAGUCGUAAAUAUCUCAAGCUCAGCUGGCCAUCUGAGUAAAAUACCCAGCGUGGCAUUGAGAAAUCGUUUCAAAGACCCAAAUUUGACCAUUCCUGAGCUGUCGGAGUUGAUGCAGCAGUACAUAGAGGCAGCCAAACAAGGAACACAGGCUCCUGAAUGGGGCAACUCAUCAUAUGCUGUAUCUAAAGUUGGUUUGACUGCUCUGACCAUGAUUCAGCAAAGAAUGCUUAAUGAUAGAGACAUAAAAGUGAAUGCAGUACACCCUGGAUAUGUGGACACCGACAUGACAUCUCACAAGGGACCGCUCACCAUCGAUGAGGGUGCUGCCGCUCCGUUAUUCUUGGCGCUGGACGCUGAUGACUCGGUGAAGGGACAGUAUGUGUGGUAUGAUAAGCAGAUCACUAGCUGGGAGAGAGACACCCGCUCAGCUUAUUAGAUAGAUAAUUUCAUCCACGAAGACGUGCCUCAACAUUCUUCCACUAAUGUUUGAGUGUUAUCAGUACACACUAAAUUAUCCAUUAGUGCACAUAUACUACAAUAAUGACGUUCGGAUUGCUCAGAUCAAACUCCCUGCACCCCACACUUCCCCUGACCAAAAAUUGGUGGGGCGCAUCUUCGUGGAUGAAACGGGCUAUAUUUAUUACUAUGUAAGGCAACAUUUAUUCAUAAAGUAUUAAAGAAGCACUAUAAGAGCCUAUACCUAUUGUUUAAGAUUUAGUGCCUAUUGUUAAGUAUCAAGUACAAAAUAUGAUUUAAUACAU